GUGGCUUUUGGCACUCCUUCUUCUUUUUAAAAAUCGCCUGGUGUGUGGAGCUCCGCCGGGCUCGGUGCCUCGCUCCCUUACUGAGACUGGAGACAGCCGGGAACAGCCACAGGGCAGACUGAGGUGGCAAAAGGGAAAUCUGCCGAGAUGUUCAGUCAGGGACCCAGGACCCCAGCUUCAGGCUGCUACUAUCUAAAUUCCAUGACACCUGAGGGCCAGGAGAUGUACUUGCGAUUUGAUCAGACUGCGAGGCGCUCUCCUUACAGGAUGAGCCGGAUUCUAGCACGCCAUCAGCUAGUGACUAAAAUUCAACAAGAAAUCGAGGCGAAGGAAGCAUGCGACUGGCUCCGUGCUGCUGGGUUCCCACAAUACGCUCAGUUGUAUGAGGAUUCCCAAUUUCCCAUCAACAUUGUGGCUGUCAAGAAUGAUCAUGAGUUUCUUGAAAAGGACCUUGUAGAACCUCUUUACAGACGACUGCAUACAUUGAACAAGUGUGCCUCAAUGAAACUUGAUGUGAACUUCCAAAGGAAAAAGGGUGACGACUCAGAUGAGGAAGAUCUCUGCAUCAGCAACAAAUGGACUUUCCAAAGAACCAGCCGCCGGUGGUCUCGCGUGGACGACCUGCACACACUGUUCCCCGGAGGAGACAGGAAUGGGUCAUCGGGAGACAUUAGGAUGAGGAACACCACCAGCAGUGAAAGUGUCCUCACAGACCUGAGCGAGCCCGAGGUCUGCUCCAUUCACAGUGAGAGCAGCGGAGGGAGUGACGGUCGCGGCCAGCCGGGCAGCCACAGCGCGGGCCGCGAGCCGUUCGACUGCCCCGGCCAGUCCUGCCCCGACAGCCCAGUCAUGCUGGACGCCACGUUCGUCAGCGGCAGCCUCCCACAGUCCCCCAGAGACGUUCUCAGCUACCCCCUCCACCCAAAGAAUGAGAAACCCACCAGGACCAGAGCCAAAUCAUUUUUGAAACGUAUGGAGACACUCCGAGGGAAGGGAGCGCACGGAAGGCACAAGGGGCCGGGGCGGACCGGGGGCUUGGUGAUCAGCGGGCCCGUGCUGCAACAGGAGCCAGAGGCCUUCAAGGCCAUGCAGUGCGUCCCCAUCCCGAACGGGGAUCUCCAGAGCUCGCCCCCCGCUGCCUGCACCAGAGGGCUCCUGAGCUCCGGCAAAUGGAGCGGGGAAAGCAGCCAGUCGUUAAACAGCGGUAGCGGGGUGAGCACGCCCGGCCCCAAGGAACGGAAAAGCCAGGAGGCCAACAAGCGCGGGGGCAUGUACUUGGAAGACCUGGACGUGCUGGCCGGGACGGCACUGCGGGACACAGGCGACCAGAACCACGCACACGAGUUCCAUUCCCAGGAGAACUUGGUAGUGCAUAUUCCCAAGGAUCACAAACCAGGAACGUUCCCCAAGGCACUCUCUAUUGAGAGCCUCUCGCCCACAGACGGUAGCAAUGGGGUUAACUGGAGGACCGGUAGCAUCUCCCUGGGCAGACAGCAGGGCCCUGGUGCCGGGGAGCCCAGACUCAUGGCGUCCUGCCACAGAGCAAGUAGAGUCAGUAUCUACGACAACGUCCCGGGCUCCCAUUUGUACGCCAGCACGGGAGACCUUUUGGACUUGGAGAAAGAUGACCUCUUCCCUCAUUUAGAUGACAUCUUGCACCACGUCAAUGGGCUCCAGGAGGUAGUGGAUGACUGGUCAAAGAACGUCUUGCCUGAGCUGCAAACACACGACGCACUGGUUGGAGAAUCUGGAUUAUGCCCCUUCCCAUCGCCUAAUCAGAUCACCUUAGAUUUUGAAGGCAACUCAGUCUCCGAAGGUCGGACAACACCCAGCGAUGUGGACAGAGCAUCUCUUAAUGAGUCGGAGGCCACUGGGGUCAGGGAAAGGAGGGAUUCUGGUGUAGGGGCCUCUCUGACCAGGCCAAACAGGCGACUCCGAUGGAAUAGUUUCCAGCUCUCGCACCAGCCUCAGCCGUCCACGGCACCCCACAUCAGCAACCAGACAGCCGGCCAGCUGAACCUGCUCCAGCGUUUCUCACUACUUCGCCUCACGGCCAUCAUGGAGAAGUACUCCCUGUCCAAUAAACACGGCUGGACGUGCCUCUCCCCACAGGCUGCCCCAAGAGGCUCGCGUGACCUGGUUUCUGUGAAUUCUAGGUCAGUUCCAAAGUUCAUGAAGAGGAUGAAAGUUCCUGAUUACAAAGACAAGACUGUCUUUGGUGUUCCCCUCAUAGUUCAUGUGCAGAGAACGGGACAGCCCCUGCCUCAGAGUAUUCAGCAAGCACUCAGAUACCUGCGUAGCAACUGCCUCGAUCAGGUGGGUCUUUUUCGAAAAUCGGGCGUGAAAUCUCGAAUCCAUGCAUUACGUCAGAUGAACGAGAGCUUCCCUGAGAAUGUCAGCUAUGAGGACCAAUCUGCUUAUGAUGUGGCGGAUAUGGUAAAACAGUUCUUCCGGGACCUCCCGGAGCCUCUUUUCACCAACAAGCUCAGCGAGACCUUCCUCCACAUCUAUCAGUAUGUCCCCAAGGAGCAGCGGCUGCAAGCAGUGCAGGCGGCCGUCCUGUUGCUGGCCGACGAAAGCAGGGAGGUCCUGCAGACGCUGCUGUGCUUCCUGAGUGACGUGGUCAACUCGGUGGAAGAGAAUCAGAUGACACCCAUGAACCUGGCUGUGUGUCUGGCCCCCUCCCUCUUUCAUCUUAAUUUACUGAAGAAAGAAAGCUCCCCCAGAGUCAUACAGAAGAAAUAUGCCACCGGGAAGCCAGAUCAAAAGGACCUCAGUGAGAACCUGGCCGCGGCUCAGGGGCUUGCCCACAUGAUCACAGAAUGCGACAGACUGUUUGAGGUCCCACAUGAGUUGGUAGCCCAGUCCCAUAACUCAUACGUGGAGGCUGAGAUCCACGCUCCGACUCUAGAAGACCUGGGGUCCCAGCUGGAGGAGAGCGGAGCAACUUUCCAUAUGUACCUGGAACAUCUCGUCCAGGGGCUCCAGAAAGAAGCCAAGGAGAAGUUCAAAGGCUGGGUCACGUGCUCCAGCACAGACAAUACAGAUCUUGCUUUCAAAAAGGUGGGGGACGGGCAUCCGCUGAAGCUAUGGAAGGCCUCUGCGGAGGUCGAAGCGCCCCCCUCGGUGGUUCUGAAUCGUGUGCUGAGAGAGCGUCACCUGUGGGAUGAGGAUUUUGUGCAGUGGAAGGUUGUGGAAACUCUGGACAAGCAAACAGAAAUCUAUCAGUACGUGCUGAACAGCAUGGCCCCCCAUCCUUCCAGGGACUUCGUGGUUCUCAGGACCUGGAAGACGGACCUGCCCAAAGGAACGUGUACCCUGGUGUCCCUCUCCGUGGAGCACGAGGAAGCCCAGCUCAUGGGCGGCGUGCGGGCCGUGGUGAUGGAUUCUCAGUACUUGAUAGAACCUUGUGGCUCCGGCAAAUCGAGACUGACCCACAUCUGCAGGAUAGACCUGAAAGGUCACUCCCCAGAGUGGUACAGUAAAGGCUUUGGACAUCUGUGUGCAGCAGAAGUUGCCAGGAUUAGAAACUCUUUUCAGCCCCUCAUUGCUGAGGGUCCAGAAACUAAAAUCUGAGUUUUCCCCAGUGCGACAUCAAACUCAGGGAAGAGGAAGUGAACGGAAACACUUGUGGGAGAGGCUGCUCGUGAGAAAGCGAGAGAGAGAGAGAGAGAGAGAGAGAGAGAGAGAGAGACGUGGUUAAUGCUUAAAAAUGGAAACACUGAGAAGUCGGAAUGUUGAAGAGGCAAGAAUUGCCGAGAACUUUCCUAGCCUUCCUGGAGACGGCUACAUCCCUACUAAUAUAAUAUUUUUAAAAAUCGGAACAUUUAUCUAUGUUACUUAAAAUUAAAUGGAUUAUUUCUUGUGCAUUGCCUAAUUUGCUAUUUAAAGGCUUCUAAGAAGCAUACUCUUAACUGUAAAUAAAUGUAUGUAUAGCAUAUGUACAUAUGUGUGUAUAUCUCUAUUUUCACUGUAUAUAUGCACAGUAUCAAUUUUAUAUAUAAUUGCGUCUUUUGAAAAGGAAUGCAUCUGACUCAGUGAGUCCCUUCCUCACUCACGUGUUCUUUCCAAGUUGCUCUGGGCCCAGCCCCCCACUGUCCUGCUGCUAACACCCAGGUAUGAAAAUGUGUAGUCUGUCGGUCGGCCCCGAUGUCUAACCAAAGAUUAGCUAACCAAAGGAAAACAACAUUGAAAGUUGUUAUGUGUUGUCAGUUUGCUUGCGUCCUUCAAAAACUGAGCUUGGAGUGCUGGAGAAUGCUGGGAAAAGAAUACUCACUCCUCUUAAAAGCACAGAAGUGGAGUAGAAGUCAUGACCAAGUAUAAGGCUAGGUUGCCAGUAGCCAGUGGACCCAGCCGGAUGCAGUUUGGUGAAAUGUCAGAUGCCCACGGGCCACUGGAGUCAGGGCAAGUGACUGCAAGAACUUCAUUGCCCUGCUGGUUAGAGCCAAAUAUAAUAGCCUUUGCAUAGUCAAAGCCCAAGGGAGCCUCUGUGUUUUAUCGAGUUUUCAUAGAUACAUUUUAUCAUGUUCCUAAAUGUCAUUCUGUAUGACCAGUGGCCUUUUUGGUCACGGUUAAUCGGCAUUUUCUUACCGAUACAUUGCACUGAAUUUAACUCUGGACACCAGAUGGGGGAGGCGAUGGUCAGUUGAGAGUCCUGGACCAUUACA